CAAAGCUGAUUCAGAGACUCUUGUGACACCUGCACACUGUUUGUUGGUCUUUAGGCAGCUGACGAGAUGAGUUCUACCAAAGCUUCACAAAAUCCUGAGAAGUUCACCAUCGCUCUGCUUGGGAAGAACCCUGAGUUUAAGAACAAGAUUCAACAACUCAUCCUCAGUAAUGACAACGGUUCUGUCACAAGACAAAAUAACUUUGUUGUUCUAGAGAGUCGCUCAUUCAGAAUCAUCAGUACUCGUGAUUUCUGUGAUGAGGACUGUCCGUGUUCAGUCCAGCAGGUGAUUGACUUCAUGGCACAUUGCUAUCCUGGUCUUCACCUGUUCAUACUGGCAAUAGAUUCAGAAAAUGCUCAGGUGGAAAAAAUUGUUUCCCAAAUUGGUAAACUUCAGUAUGUCUUUGGACAAACUAUCACAAAACACUUAGUUGUCAUGUUUGAUAAGUAUAUGAGCAACACGUCACUUGAUCAGCUGAAGGAAAAGUUCAACAUCGAGCUGGCAACCCUCAGUGAACAUCUGGUCCACGACUGUAUGAAGUGGUGUUCAAGCCGUCCGGUAUUCCAGUAUGACUACAAAGACUACAGUGAAAAAGUCGUGAAAAGAAGGAAAAACGAUUUGAAAUGGACAAGUUUCAGAAACGAACACCCUCCUCCGUAUAACCAUGAGAGAUCAGGUCCCCACGCUGCUUCAUCAUGUGAGAGCAACGGUUUAAUGUCAGGAGAUGCCUUCAACAUUGUUCUGCUGGGACUAACUGGGACUGGAAAGAGUGCAUCUGGAAACACCAUCCUGACUGCUAUGGACCCCCAUCUGAAACCAAAGCAGCUUUUUGAAUCCCAGCCGAGCUCCACACCAGUCACCACCAAGUGUCAGUUCGAAAUGAUGCCAAGUCUUUUUGGCAGGCCAGUUAGAGUUGUCGACACCCCAGAUUUCUUGAAUGAUGAAAUAAACAAUCAGGCACAAGUAGAGGAGUGUAAGAAGUACUGUCAGCCAGGGCACUAUGUGGUGUUACUGGUGAUACAGAUGGGCCGGUUUACAGACGGUGAGAAGGGAAUAUUAGAGAGGCUGGAGAAGAAGCUUGGUUGCAGAAUCAGGGAGAACACAAUCGUCCUGCUGACACAUGGAGAGGAUGUGAAAGACAAUGUUCAGAGUUUCAUUGAUGAACGGUCUCACCUCAGGUCCAUUGUGAAAGAAUGUGGCUAUCGCUGCCAUGUAUUCAAAAACUUCUCCAAGGACCGUAAACAGGUCAUGGAGCUCUUCAAGAAAAUUCCAGAUUAUGAAACAGCUCCUGGGGACCAGCAGUCUGAGAAGCGCACACCGAUGGAGAGGGUGGGCGGCGGAGAGCGGCAGUGGUGGUCCGAAGAGUGGGCCAGGUGGGAGCUGAUGCCCUUCAGGACGGGGUUCUGGGGAAUCCAAGGCUGGACAGGAGCCAGGACCACGGCGAGCAGGACCAAAGCAGAACCGGGACCAGGGAUAGCAGGACCAAAGCAGAACCAGGGCAGUGCGGCCAGCAGGACUGCAGGACAGGAGAACACAGCCAACAGGAAGAAAAUGAAUGAAGAAAGACAGGAGCUCAUAGAGAUCCUGGUCAGGGUGCUCUGUUCUGCUGGUCCCGAAAAACCCUCACAGUCCUCAGUGAUCCCUCACAGUUCAGCUCCGAUGUGUAGCGGCUCUUCUAUAAAUGCCGGUGAUGCCAUUAUGUUGAGAAGUGCUUUACGGGAGAGAACUGGUUUUCAGUGGAGGUGUUUUUAUACCCAGUGA